UAAAUACUGAAAGCGCGCACGUCAGUUCUCUCCCGUCUAGUGUCCCGGGCUCCCCUGCCGCUGCCUAAUUUCCUCCUCUUCCACACCAGGCUCCGCUCAACCGAACGACUCCGAUGGAGUCGCUGCUGGCGGCGCUCGCCGCGAGCAGUGGAGGCACGGUCGCUGCCGCAGCCGUUGGCGGGCUGGCCGCGGCUGCCGCGCUCGCUGUACAGGCCGGCAACGGCGGGACGGGCCCCAAGGACCGCACCAACGCGCCCCCAGUUGUUCCUGGUUUACCACUGAUUGGAAAUCUGCACCAAUUGAAAGAAAAGAAACCUCACAAGACCUUUUCAAAAUGGUCUGAGACUUAUGGUCCGAUAUACACUAUAAAGACCGGGGCUUCGUCAGUAGCUGUGCUCAACACAAGAGAGGUGGCUAAGGAGGCAAUGGUUGCAAAAUACUCAUCGAUAUCUACUCGAAAGCUACCUAAAUCUUUAGAUGUGUUGGGUCGCGAUAAAGCGAUGGUUGCUAUGAGUGACUAUGGCGACUUCUACAAAAAGGUGAAGCGUUUGGUUAUGGCGGGCAUGUUGGGUUCUUCCACUCAGAAACAAUUUCGGGAGACAAGAGACCUGAUGAUGGAUAACAUGCUGAGCAGUUUUCGUACAUUGGUGACUGACAACCCGAAUCAUUCCCCUGUGAACUUCAGAGAUGUUUUCAAGGACGAGUUGUUCCGCCUGUCCUUGGUCCAGAGUAUAGGCGAGGGUGUGAGUUCAGUCUACGUGGAGGAGUUUGGGAGGGAGAUAUCGAGGGAUGAAAUCUACCAGAUUACUGUGGUUGACAUCUUGAUGUGGGCGAUUGAGGUUGAUUGGAGGGAUUUCUUCCCCUACCUCGGCUGGAUUCCAAACAAGGGCUUUGAAACAGGACUUCAUACCACAGAAUUUAGGCGAACCAGCGUAAUGAGAGCCUUGAUCAAUGAACAGAAGAAAAGAAUUGCACGUGGCGAGGCAAGGGUGUCCUAUCUGGAUUUCUUAGUGGCAGAAAACGCGCUGACAGACGACCAAUUGAUGAUGCUGGUAUGGGAGGCGGUCAUCGAGAAUGCAGAUACUACUUUGGUGACCACCGAGUGGGCUAUGUAUGAGCUUGCCAAAAACCCAGAAAAACAGGAACGGCUCUACCAGGAGAUCAAGGAUGUGUGCGCGGGCGAGACGGUCACUGAGGACCACCUGCGACGGCUACCGUACCUCAACGCCGUGUUCCAUGAAACGCUGCGGUUCCAUUCUCCUGUCCCACUGGUGCCUCCAAGGUUCGUCCAUGAGAACACCAAACUGGCCGGCUAUGACGUCCCUGCCGGCACAGAGAUUAUCAUCAACCUGUACGGGUGUAAUAUGAACGAGAAGGAUUGGGAGAAGCCCGAGGAGUGGAGGCCAGAGAGAUUCCUGGACCCGAGGUUCGACUCUGCGGACAUGUACAAAACCAUGUCAUUCGGCUCCGGGAAGAGGAUCUGCGCCGGGAGCAUGCAGGCAACGGUAAUCUCGUGCACAGCUAUGGCGCGCAUGGUGCAGGAAUUCUCCUUCAGGCUGAAGGAGGGCGACGAGGACAAAGUGGACACAGUCCAGCUCACCAGCUACAAGCUCCAUCCACUCUACGUGCAUCUCUCUCCGAGAGGGAGCAAGUGAAUGGCAGCAUUGUUUUGAUAAUAAUAAUAA